AUGGCCGCCAAUGGACCGGGGACAAAUCUGGGUCCGAAUCACAAUCCUGUUAUUAUACCUUGGCCUCAACCUGCCAACGAAAUGUCGCAGCUUGACGCGAUAAUUGCAGACACAGACGACGUAAUUCUAGCUGGAAUGAGCGAAAGACUGGAGGCUUAUAUUCGAACAUCUGGACAUCGUGGUCUUUCUCGUCAAAAUGUACUCAGAAUAUCUAGGAUUCUAGCUGCAACAUAUCAAGCACCUGAUAAGCCGAAAACUACCAAGAGCGUUCUGGCACUUCUCAGCGGAAGCUAUGACGUUGAUGAUCAGAAGAACUUUAACGAGAUCGUCUCCAUUCACGUAGGAACUGGAAGACAACGAGUCCAGUUCACAGCAAUGGCUGGAUUAUUGGCCACGCAAGCCGAGUUCUUCAAACCUCUUUGUUCUGAUCUUUGGAAAUGUGGUCGUGAAAAAGCCAUCUCACUUGAAGAUUAUCAACCUGAAAGUUUCGAAAUGUUCCUCGCAUGGCUCUACACAAAGGAUAUCAGAAAUGCAAAAUGUUCGGGUAAAAAUAUCAACCGUGGUAAUACUCAUUUUCAAACACAAGCCCAUAAGUACAAAUGGUUCCAGUUACUUCAUUGCUAUUUUCUCGCCGAUUAUAUUGGAGCACCGAAGUUCGCCAAUUAUAUGAUGGAUGCAUUAACCUUGGCCUAUAGAGAAUGGGUGCGCGGUGAAUUUGUCAAGUCGGCGAACGACCCACUUUUCAACAAUACAGAGGAGACUCGAAAGCUGGUGGAUAGCAACACAGUCGAAUCAUCACCACUACGAGCUUUAAUCAAGGAUAUACUCUUCCCUUCUGUUGAAGAGAGACGAGUUCCCGUAACCAUUAACCGACAUCCGAGAGCACCCCCUUCUUUCCGCAGAGCCAGACGCGGACUUCAUAAUCUCUUAGUACCGAAUCCUUUUCUUCAGCCUCAGGGCCAGAAUAUUGAAUUUCCAAAUAAUGGAACGGCUCCAAAUCCUUAUUUCCAUCCUGGCCAUCCACUGUAUCCUUCUGAUUUUCCGCCAACUACACCGAAUGCACAUCCCCCACCCCCAACCAACCACCAUAUGUAUAACGCUGCGCCUUCACUCUCCACUGGAAUUGGACCUGCCCCACAUUUUAACCCCCAACCGCCGCUAACCCAUCCUCACAACAAUCUAACAUACUAUCCGAUUCCUCAAGGAGGUCCAUUUCACGCAACCAUUCACCAACCUCCUAUCUCUUACCACGCCCAUUUUCCACUUCCUAUCGCCCAUAAUCCCUUCGCCAAUCACUACAAUAUCCGCAAUCAACAUCCCUUUUUCUCGCCAAUGCCCCUCCUAUCUCGACCUAAUCUACGCUCUAGGUUUCUCAAAGCCAUGAAGUUUGGGAGGUAUGAAGAGAAAGUCGAUCCGGAAAGCGCUGCUAUUGAAUUUAAGAAAUGGGAAAAGGCAUCGAUGGUUUGGGAACAUGAAAGAUGUAGAUAUCAUAUUCAUGCUAAGGGGGAAGAUUGUCGAGAUGAGGAGUAA